GCGCAAAAAUUGAAAAUCAAGCGGGAACUACUUCAAUGGCGGGAAUACCGUUCAAAAAACUGUGUUGCCUUGAAAUAUUAAAACAGCAUUAAAACUGGGGAGAAGUCACUGAAUGGCAGAAUUUCAUCGAUGGAUGCAGUCUUUACCACACCAGAACUAUUCAGAGAAGAGCCUUUGAUCAGUGCAUUUUAUCAUCCAACCAACGCCAGGGAAAUCCCCUUCAACGAGCAGAAGACAUGCCUAAGCAAAAAAUUCAGUGAGAAAACCACUGGGCCAGAAGGAAGGGACAUGUUACAGCCAGAACAUUUUCUCUCCGGCUCAAACAACUUCUAUCGAGAUUUGAUUCCAAAUAAAGAAAAUGAAUGUGCACCAAAUGACCACUCUGGAUCUUCGAAAUUCGACGAAUCUUGGCCCAACACAGAGCGGACAAAUAGUACUCUCGUUGAGACCCCUCCGUCUGUGACGUCACUUGGUAUUUCAAGACAAAUUGUGGGGAACAGGAGGGUUACAAGUGACACUGACAUCGCUGCUGAGUCGAGAUCAACAAUAGCGAAGUACAUACAAAGGUUUCGAAAUGAGCCACCGAAAAGUCGCGAGGAAAGGCUUCAGAAUGUCGUCGAAGUAUCAAAAGGCAAUGAGUUUUGGUGGGCAGAACAAGUCAAUGAUUCUUCCACCCCAAAAGACUCAGAUGUUUCUAGUUUUAGUCCUCCUGUUCGAUUAAGAGAGGCUGCGGAGAAAGGAAGACCGAAACCACUAUGGAAGAGAGGCGGGAAGCCUCCUCUAAGCCCAGAGCAAAGAAAGACAAGUUCAUUGCAAAAUCAGAAAGGAAAGGACAAAAAUACCCGAGGGCUUUCGACAAGAAAAAUGACAGAUUCUGACCCAGAAACAGACUUAAUGCAACAAAGGGCACAAAGACUUAUUGAGAUGAGCGAGAGCACUUUGAGUACCUCAUCAUCUGGAGUGCCAGUGAGUCAAGAUUCAAUGAAAGAACAAAUUUAUGAGCCGCAAAAACUGUUUCCUGUGCCACAUGCAAACACAAGAAACGAUGUUCUAUUGCCUCGUCAAAAGCCUGCACCAGAAGAUGACAUUUUAUACCAGUGGCGCCUAGCACGUAAAAUAGAGAAAGCCAGACAAAGGACUGAUCCUUUUUCAAAGCUUCCUCAUUUGAAAUCAGGUGGAUCCAAGCUUGCUCCUGAUACUGAUAAAGAGCAGAUUGAAAAAGAAGAACAUGGUAAACCAAAGGUACUAAUUGGCGGGGAGACAAAGCUUCCUGCCCAUCGAAACGUAAGCGACGAUGCUGCUAAAACAGUGGAAGAUUUCCCUCCCGUUGCUCCAGAAGGAAGAAUACCUGCUUUAGACAAAGAUUCAAAAAGUAAGAACUGCCAGACUGUUAUUGCAUAUAAGUUGUCUUCAACUGGACAGCAUGCAUUUGCGGAAUAUAGUGACGUUGCUGCUCACAUGCAUAUGGCAUGUGAUAUUUUGCCAUGCCCGCAUACACAAGCAUCUUCGGGAGACCAGGGAACUUCUGUUAUCAGCUGUUGUCCACAGCAACGUGCUAUUCUCAGAAAAGGGACGUUAGGAAAUCCGCUUCUUAUUGCUCCACCAAUACAUAUCGAUAACGAUGGUCUGUCUCAGCCAGAUAGAGGAGUGUUUGAGGUGGCAGAGGCAUCAACGAACUGUUCUCCAGCAAUGAGUGAGGUAGUGACAAGAAAAGAUGAUAUCAUGGCCAAGAAGCUGGAAGAUCGUCUAACUUCCGAUAAAGACGGAUUUCUAUCGAGUUCUGAUAAUAAGGUGAUGGACAAGAUUGAAGGGGAUUUCAAUGGAUGUUCAGAAACGAGCUCUGUCAAAUCUGCACCAGAACCUAUUCUUGACAAAACGUUGCAAGGAGAUUUGAAAAAGAAAAACGGUGAUCACACGACAAGCAGCAAGGAUUCUCUUCCCAAUGCUGAAAGGGAGAAAGUAAGAGAGACGAUUAAUCAGGUUAUCUCUGAGAACAUAUUUCUUUCGUCAAUGUCGAGUGUUGCUUCAAGUGCCUCCGAGAAGGAACUUGGUCUUGAAGUACACCAGGGGGAUGCCUUAUUCGAAGAAGAUCUUCAAGCCACAUAUGCUGUAAUUGCUACUGAUUCUUCAGAUGAUGAAUUUCCGGAUGAUGAAAUCUUAAAGGUUUUGAGAAUGAGAAGACACCAGUAUAAACAAGCUUUAAGUAACAUCAACACAGUACUGACGAGGCCUUCAGCAAUUAUAGACAAAUCCAUCAGUUGAUGUUGACCUCAGCUUAAAGAAAAAGUACCUAAUGAAUAACAAUAAUUCAUCUUGCCACCUUCCAACGUAAUCUUUCAAUAGCAAGUGGCAUUUUCCAAUGCAAAAAGUGACAGAGCCAGAGAGUCUGUCAUCUCAGCUGUGCCAUCUCAGCAUAUCAGUUAAUUAAGUUAUGUAAGGAGAACAUAAGUUACUUCAUAAGCUGAAAGUUAUCAAAACUCACUUGACGAUGCUUCUUUUGGAUCUCCUUCCUUUACUCCAGAGUAGCUGUUCACUUUUUAUUGAUUUGAUUUAGAAUGAAUAACGAAAGAAAGUACAUUUUGGCAACAUCAAUUUUGCUGCAAGGAUUUUUAUGUGUUUAAAGUACCCCAUGGACAUUCAAAGAUUGCUGCCUUUGUAAAUUGAAAAGGAGAUUUGUCAUAUCCAUGGUUUUUGAAUUAUAGCUAAGAAUAAAUUCAAGUUGUGUACUGAAGCAUCUUUUACUGCAAAUAUGUUUGAUCACCUUAAGCUUGAAAUAUUUAUUUCCCAUGUAUAAAAAUAUCAGCUGAUCAUGAAGAAAGUUUAGUAUUUACUUGAGGUAGGUUGUGCCACCUCUUGUUCGUUUUAUAACUAUCUCAAAGAGACUUGAUCUGAAAGUCUAGAGCACUAAGAAAUUUAUAUUUAUAUUACAAGAUAGUUAAUAAUUUAAAGGUAUAUUCUUUUUAUCUUUGUUAUGUAAAUUAAAUACUGGUUGAAGCCAAUAAAUGAAGUAACCUGAAAAGGCAUAUUCAA